AUGUUCACAGAACAUGCAGCAGCUGCUAUAAAAGAAGAAGUUCAUUUGAAAGUUAGACUAGAAAAGAUGAAAGGUUUAUCCACUUCUAAUGCACCAGAGGUCGUGGAUCCUCUUCGAACAGACCUCGAUCAGAGGGUUUUAAGUGCUAUGGGUGCAAACCGCAGAAAGCAAACGUUAGUGGGAGAACCACUACAUGAUAUUCUAGCCAAUCAUUGUGGUUUAUUGUUGAAAACGGAAUUGUCUGAGGAUCAGUUGAACAAGACGUUGGCAAAAUAUCCAAAACCAGAGAAUUGCCCUUUUGUUGUUCCUCCCAAGCUGAAUGCUGAAUUCAGAGCUGCUCUAAAUGAAGCUGGUCGUAACAGAGAUGAGAGAUUAAUUGCUCGUCAAAAAGAGGUUGGUAUCGCCUUGACAGCAGAAGCAAAGGCCCAGUCAAUUCUAUUGAAUCGUUUAGAUAAAGACGAAGAGACAUUGAGUUUAAUUGAACAUUUGGAAGAUACAUCUCUACACAACACUGAUUCUGAGUAUAGAAAAUCUUCUAUUUUAAGUUUUUCUCUGAAUUCCAAUAAUCUUAAGCCUGAACUUUAA